GAAACCAUGCUUAAGGAGGUGUGUUUACUACUGUUAGUCACAUACGUGGCUGCCACAUAUAACACUGGUUACCCUUCUACUCCGACUGGCCCGUCCUCCAUCUACCGCAACUAUCCUUCUGGUGGAUACAGGUAUAUCGUCUACAUCCAGUACCUCUACUAUCUGUAUGUAACAUACGGACCAGCCUCUGUCCAGUAUCUCCAGUAUUACCAAUACUUGGUCAGACUGCACAUCAUUCCUGAUGGAUUUAACUUUAGCAGAGGUGGAUAUCCAGGAUUUGGUGGUAGUGGAGCUCUUCCAUUAGGUGGUGGAAGUGCUAUUAGCCCUAUCGGUGGCAGUCCAACUGGUGGAUUCCCAUUAAGCCCUGGAUUUGGAGGUCUUCCGCUUGGAGGAUCUGGUUCCCCACUAGGCAGUGGUAUUGGAGGUAUUCCUUUAGGAGGCGGCAGUCUUGGAGGUGGAUUCCCACUUGGAGGUUCUGGGUUUCCUUCAGGUGGACUCCCAAGUGGUGGUGCUGGGUUCCCUAUUGGUGGAGGUAGUCUCACUGGUGGUUUUCCGCUUGGGGGAUCAGGUUCUCCAUUAGGUGGUGGCUUUGGAGGGUUGCCUUUGGGAAGCUCCAGCCUUGGAGGAGGACUCCCGUUUGGAGGAUCCGGAUUGCCUAGUGGAGGAUUCCCGAGCGGUGGUGCUGGCUUCCCUUUAAGCAGUGGAGGUCUAGGAGGAUUCCCAAUUGGCAGUGGAAGUCUUGGAGGAGGAUUCCCUCUUAGUGGUUCUGGAUUUCCUAGUGGAGGAUUUCCAACUGGUGGUGCUGGUUUCCCCAUUGGAGGUGGUAGUCUCGGAAGUGGAUUCCCCAUCGGGGGAACAAGUGGAGGCUUCCCUAUGGGAGGAUCUGGAUUCCCUAUUGGUGGCAGUGGUUUAGGUGGAUUUCCAUCUGGUGGUAGCUCUUUAAGUUUAACUAGAAGUGGUUCUAGUUUCUCAUCUGGUAGUUCCGGAUUCCCAAGUAGCGGAUUUCCAACCGGUGGUGCUGGUUUCCCCAUUGGAGGUGGUAGUCUUGGAAGUGGAUUCCCUAUAGGGGGAACUGGCGGAGGCUUCCUUCUUGGAGGAUCUGGAUUUCCUAUUGGGGGCAGUGGAAUCGGUGGAUUCCCAUCUGGUGGCAGGUCUCUAAGUCUUACUAGGAGUGGGUCUAGUUUCUCAUCUGGUAGUUCUGGAUUCCCAAGUGGAGGAUUAUCAGGUACCGGAGGUGGAUUUCCAGGAUCAGGACUUGGUGGAUUUUCUGAUUUCUCCACUUUGUCUUCCAGUUUGAGUGGUUUUGAUGAUCUAAAUGACGGGUUUUCCGGAGGCUAUGGUGGAUACAAAUCUGGUAAAUACUAGUGAGCCAUUAGACUGGAGACCAAAUGAAAACACGGAAUUGAAGACUUGGAAUGACACUGACUUGGAUUUUAUUUUUGUAAAUAUACUCGUGGUUAUGGAAUAAACAGAUGACGCCCAAA